ACUGAUCAUGUGGACAGCCUUUGAACUCAAAUUUUUUUUCACAUAAUAAAAUGUAUCACACAUGUAAAGGAGUAUACAGAGUCAUAGAUUAGAGCUCGACCAAAGUCUCUAGUGCAUUUAACAUACACUCAUACACUACUCGAGACUUAAUGAAAUUUACUGGUAUAAACUGUGUUACAGGCGACUUCACUGUGGUCCAAACUUGCACGGGGUGUCCAUACCAGACUUUGCACGGGUGUUCGAGGUAAUAGUUAACACAAGCAAACCACAGGUUUGUGCAUUCGGAUGAAUCGGACUGUUGAUAAGUAAUUGUACACUCAAUAAAAAAAAGAAUCUCGGCCAACUCAGUGUGCUCAUGAGAAAAUGAGUGUUGAGCAAGGACAAGUGAAGACUUCGAAUGUCGGGAACCUUUGCUUCCAAGCACAUAACUGCCAAUUGAUAAGCAUUUGGUCUGUUUGUAGAGAGCAUGUAGCCUAACACUUUCCGCAUCAGCUCCCAAACGCCUCCCAAACGCCUGAGAAUGUGAGGCAUUAUCUCUGCUUUCUGGCUCGAAGACAGCGCACCUUCAGAGCGUUGUACUGUUGUGAAUCAAUCUCUGUUUCAACAUUACUUUGCAUCAAAGAGCCUUUAUGAUAUACAAAAUGUUGUGGCAAGGGAAGGUACUCUUCAGUGAAUUCCUUGGGCCAAUUGAAGGGUGCGUAUCUCUUACUGUCAAGAAAUUUACGCAUAUACUGAACGGAGACGUGACGAUUAUUGGUACGAUAUGAACCAAGAAUACCGUUCAUCCUUUCGAAGGCGAAACACCAAAAGGAAUACACCGGGCCAUAUUCACGGACACACUGAGUCAGAUGACCAUGAAGGUGCAUAUUAAUUGUACAAGAUUUUUUACCGUAUAAAUCAACAAAAUCCUUCCAAAACAAUUGCAACAACUCGUCAGCUUCAACAAGACUUUCCUCAGUGACUCUUCGACGGCAUAAAAUGCAACAUACCUUGACAAAGAGCUGCCAGUAUUUGUAGUCUCUCCAUGGAAGGGUGUUCUUGAGAGCGUACAAAGCGUACAAUGAAAAGUAAAGUACCCAAUUUUUCCAUUGCUCUGCAGUUAUCCCAGAAAACUUAGACAAUAAUUUUGAGGGAAUGCGACCCACAUCAGCAGGACAUACAAACGCAUACAAACGCAUCGACUUUUUCCUGAAUAGCGUCAAAGUCUUUACUCGACAAAAGUGACCUUGUCCUCCAUAUUUCAACGAUGUGUUUACAAGUUCCAAGGAGCAAAUUGUGCAUAGGAUCAAUCACACACAUUUGAAUUGGAUCAAAGUAUGGGAGCUCCAGCAGAAUGGUGUAGCGAAGUCCGUGAUCUUUCUCAAUGAUCUUUCGAUCUUUAAGUGUGGAACAUUUCGAGUGCGCAUCAGCUUGUGGUCCUCAAUAGUUCUUUCAGUCCACUGUGUCUUCUCAUAAUUAGAAUAAUCACCCUUUUCACCGAAGGCAUUUGUAGGGAAGGACAAAAGACAUUUACUACAUCCUUUGGUAGAGCUGCAUGUCCCAUAAACCCGCAAACUUUUCUUGCUGCAGGAAUGUCGCAUGUGACACAAAGCAAAGCUGCUCGGACAAGGAGAGUGAGUGUUAUCAUGCUCACUUUUCAUGAGAACCCCAGUCCAGAGAUUCUUCAAAUCGUUCACAAGUGGCUCCAGAAAUGUGUUCAAGUGAAGAGGUGGUUCUUUUGGGCCAGGAAUAACUCCAACAAGGAUAAUGUUCUCUUGCAAGUACCGUUCAGUUCGGGGUAAGUUCAAAAUGCUCAAAUAGAUAGCCCCUUCGGAGUGUUGAGUAUGUUUGAAAGGGUUAAACCACUCAAUGUUUAGCUGAAACGCGAGAUUCCCAGUCAAACUCAAAAAUGGAUGGCCGUCAUAUGUUUGAAACUGCUUCCACACAGCCCCUGCUUCCACACAGCCCCAUCAUAUACAUCUGAAUAAGUACCAGCAUUAGUCUGUCGGCUACGCCAAAGUUGACACCUGUACAAAAAACCUGGCCGCAGAAGCAUUUCUUGCAGAGAGUCUAUGAGGCUUUUGUAGCAGUAUAUAAAUCUUGGAUAAAAAGAAAUAGCCCUGAUCUCCAUUUUACUUCUUUCAUCUUUCAUGAGAACUGCCUUGCACUUCUUUCUGUGUUGGGUCUGUGGGUGAUUUGGGAACCUUCUAUACACACAUCUCCCUGAUUUAGCUCUGUGACCAACACGACGAAUUACACACUGGUCUAUGUCAUAGAGACUGCGACAAACAACGUACUUCUUGAAAUUGUUCCCUGCACCGAGGCGAGCUGAACGAAUAUUCUUAGGAAGUUUGUCCAGGAAACAUUGUGGUAGCGGAACAAGCAUCUGUGAAAUUGUCCUGAAAAAUAUUGACAGGAAUUUGAGCAGUACGUCAAGGGCGUUAUCAGAUAGGCGGAAUAAAGCUUGAAACAUAAGCAAGAAAAAUAUAUACAGCCGGAGAAGAGGAGUCACUUGAGUUUGUUCGGUUGCCUCUUCUUCAGCAUUCGAUUCCCCUGUCUGCAGAGAGGUGUCUUCCACUACCAGCUCUUCAUCUAAAUCCUCUGUCUCCCACAACUCUACCUGAAUAUAACGAUAUGUAUAUGUAUACCAAAAUUAACUGACUAUUAAAACCACUACAGUAACAUCGUAACGUACUUCUUCAACAUCUGGUAAGUCAUCUUCAUCUUGAUCGACAUCAUAGGUCAGCUGUGAGGCCACUUGAUCUGCAGUAAGCCGUGGUCUCCUUCUUAUACCUCUUGCAGCAUUCAUUUCCGUUGAUCUCGAUUGUUCUUCCUUAUCUGUCGUCUUCUUUCUUUUGUGUAGUGACCAGCAAAGCACCCGUGCAGAGUAUAUACAGCUAGCCGUUACUCCACUUCGUGGUUCCUCACUGUUUAACACGCGUGCACGAAGCCGACGCCCUGGGCACCCAAUCUGGCCCACGGGCGUGUAGGCCAAGCCCAAGGAUGGAGUGGGGCAACAGGUGGUUUUGACUGUUGUUGUUGACAGGGAAUGCAAUCUUGUACCGUCUCUUCGACGUCUUUCGAAAUACCAGGCCACCACACAUACAUACGCGAUAGUCCUUUCAUGCGAGUGGUGCCAGGAUGUCCUUCGUGCAGUUGUACGAGCACAUCACCUCGGUAGGUCUUGGGUACCACCACACGAUUUCCCCACAGCAAGCAACCAUCAUGUACUGAAAGUUCUUCUCGUCGCUCAUAAAAGGGCAUUAGACUGGUUUCCAUGGCGGAACGGUACGCCCUGGGCACCCAAUGCAAAGCACACCUUUGAGGGAAGGAUGGAUGCCUGAAAUGACUGUAGCUGGACUUAUUCAAGAGCAACAAGAGCUCCUGGAGAGAGUGCUGAAAAACCAAAGAUAUGCAGAACAGACAAGAAAAGUUCGAGAAAGAACUGGCUACUCUAUCGAAAGAGAUGACCAGCAGCUCAACUUCUCCUGACAGUGAUGGACGCAGUGCUCGGAGAUUGAGGAUAUGCCGAGAGUUAACGGUAUGCCUACGGUAUUCUUUUGUUUUUCUUUUGUUUUCCUUGUACGUGUAUAGUAGGUCUACCUUUAGAGAAGAGUGGCUGUGGUGCAUGAUUCUCUUGAAGACGGUGGAUUUCGCCAAUCAGAGGGAUCAACUUCAGACUACAAUAAGCGUGUGAAAAACCAAAUAAUCACCGAGAUUUACAGUAUGCCAGAUUGCAAGUUUAAUAAAGAACAAGUCAAAGCGGCAGUGCAGCGAAAAUAUGAGAAUGUACGAAGAACAUGGAAACAAGGGGAAAAUAGUGAUUGUGAAGACAUUCGUCAGAGCGAUGCAAAAGGAAAGAAAUAUCGGGCACGUCGUAAAAGGAAACAUGAGAAUCGGGCUAUUGUGGUCAAGCCAGCUGAGCAAGAUCUUUGGAAGGACAUUUGUGUGGAUGAUAUGUCUGAGGAGUCCGAUGAUCUGUGUAAUCCGAACAAUUUGAUAGUCCAUAAGCUGAAGUGGUGCUCACAGGAACUAAUGGAUUUCAAAGCGACCCUUGAUAAGAGGUACACUGAAAAAUUCAAGAAAGAAAGUGUCCUGGUAGCAAGGAAGAACCGCAUAGAAGGUGAUCCCUCAAACAGCCAUCCACAUCCACAGUGGAUGUUGGAUCCUACAUGGGAAAAUGAUGUACCUGGUGACAUGGAGACCCACUAAGACUUGCAAUACCCCGCACCCCAUCCAUUGAUGCCUGUUCAUGUAUGACUUGAAUCAGAACACUUGAAACCAAAAUUAAUGGACAUACCAAUCAUUAGUAUAUCUCAUAUUCACCAUCACUUAUCAUCCCAUUCAAUUUGUUGACAC